UAGAAAUCAAGAUGGGAAGCCAAGGCAUGAGUUCACCGAGUCCCUUGGUGGUGAAGAAAUCGCAAGUGGUUAUAGUGAAACCAUCAAAGGCAACCCCUGAUGUCUCUCUUUCUCUCUCGACAUUCGACAAUGAUCCUUACCUCGAAACCCUCGCCAAAACCAUCUAUGUCUACGCCCCACCCCCGAACGACCACGUCCACGAUCCAGCUUCCCUUUUUCAGCAAGCUCUCUCUGAUGCUCUUGUCUAUUACUACCCUCUGGCUGGAAAACUUCACCGGGGAUCCCACGAUCAUAGAUUAGAGUUGAGGUGCAGUCCCGCGGAAGGAGUCCCCUAUGUGAGGGCUACCGCAGACUGCACUCUCUCUUCCCUCAAUUAUUUGAAGGACAUGGACGCUGACUUAUACCAACUCGUACCGUGUGAUGUAGCUGUGCCCUCUGGUGGUUACAACCCUUUGGCUUUGCAAAUCACUCAGUUUGCAUGCGGAGGGAUCACCCUUGCAACGGCUCUCUCUCAUUCCUUGUGUGAUGGUUUUGGAGCGUCUCAGUUUUUCAAAGCCUUAACUCAGCUCGCCGCGGGAAAGACACAACCUAGCAUCAUCCCCGUUUGGGAAAGACAUUGUCUUACCUCUAACAACUUUACCUUAAACGGGCAAGUGGAGGAGGGACAAGCUCCCAAGCUGGUUGACUUCGUAGAGGCUUGCUCUUCUGUGGCAACUUCCCCCUACACACCCACUAACGACAUGGUAUGUGAGAUCCUCAACGUGACAUCCCAAGAGAUCACUCAGCUCAAGGAGAAGGUUGCGGGGGAGGUCACGACUCUAGAGAUUCUUGCAGCCCACGUCUGGAGAGCAAGGUGCCGAGCCUUGAAGCUAAGUCCAGAUGGGACAUCUCUUUUCGGAAUGGCCGUGGGUAUACGCCGCAUUGUGGAGCCACCGUUACCGGAAGGCUACUACGGGAACGCAUUUGUCAAAGCCAACGUAGCAAUGAAGGCUGGAGAGUUGAGCAACUCACCGUUGUCUCACGUUGUUGAGCUCAUUAAAGAAGCUAAGAAAGCGGCACUAGAGAAGAGGUACGUGUUGGAGCAGCUAAGAGAGACAGAGAAAACGUUGAAGAUGAAGGUAGCGUGUGAAGGAGGGAACGGAGCGUUCAUGUUGCUUACUGAUUGGAGGCAACUUGGAUUGCUAGACGAAAUUGAUUUUGGGUAUGGAGGAUCGGUGAAUAUUAUACCAUUGGUUCCCAAGUAUUUGCCGGAUAUUUGCAUUUUCUUGCCGAGGAAGCACGGUGGUGUUAGAGUGCUAGUCACUCUACCCAAACUUGGCGCCGUUAAUCGCAGUCGCAGUGGAAUCAGAGCAGCUGCAAACAUGGCAAGAGGAUUGAAGAAGCAUCUAAAGAGGCUCAAUGCUCCUAAGCAUUGGAUGCUUGACAAACUUGGUGGUGCCUUCGCUCCCAAACCAUCUUCUGGACCUCACAAGUCAAGGGAGUGUCUUCCUCUUGUUCUGAUCAUCAGGAACAGGUUGAAGUAUGCUUUGACUUACCGUGAAGUUAUCUCUAUCUUGAUGCAAAGGCAUAUCCAAGUUGAUGGCAAAGUUAGGACUGACAAGACUUACCCUGCUGGAUUCAUGGAUGUUGUAUCCAUCCCCAAGACCAAUGAGAACUUCCGUCUUCUGUAUGACACCAAGGGACGUUUCCGUCUCCACUCCAUCAAGGAUGAGGAAGCAAAGUUCAAGCUUUGCAAGGUUAGAUCUAUCCAGUUUGGUCAGAAGGGAAUUCCUAACUUGAACACUUAUGAUGGUCGAACCAUCCGUUACCCUGACCCGCUCAUCAAGCCAAACGACACCAUCAAGCUAGACCUUGAGGAGAACAAGAUUGUUGAGUUCAUCAAGUUUGACGUGGGUAAUGUUGUGAUGGUGACUGGAGGUAGAAACAGAGGCCGUGUGGGUGUGAUUAAGAACCGGGAAAAGCAUAAGGGAAGCUUUGAGACGAUACACAUUCAAGACUCAACAGGACAUGAGUUUGCCACAAGGUUGGGCAAUGUGUUCACCAUCGGCAAAGGAACAAAGCCAUGGGUAUCUCUUCCAAAGGGCAAAGGCACAUUUCCGGCGGAAUCUCUGAAGUGGAAGAACAACGGUUUGCUCAUUGAGCAGAAUGAAAUCAAAUAUGAUGUGAAGGAACAAUUAGAUUUUUCCUUCAUUAACAACCACACAUCUCCUCCAUUGUCCCUACCAUCUAUGGUAACUCAGCCUUUACCUCAACUGGAUGUAUCCAAAUCUGAAAUUAUGUCAAAUAACAAAACCUCUGAUGACGGCUACAAUUGGCGCAAAUACGGGCAGAAGCAAGUCAAAGGAAGUGAAAACCCUAGGAGUUACUUCAAAUGCACGUAUCCAAAUUGUCUCACAAAGAAGAAAGUGGAGACGUCACUUGUGAAGGGUCAGAUAACUGAGAUUGUCUAUAGAGGAAGUCACAAUCAUCCCAAGCCCCAAUCCACUAAGAGAUCAUCUUCCACCGCUGCAGCAGCACAUCAAAACAGCAGUCAUGGAGACGGUAAAGACAUUGGUGAAGAUGAAGCAGACGCCAAGAGAUGGAAAAGAGAAGAGAAUGUGAAGGAGCCAAGAGUAGUGGUUCAGACAACAAGUGAUAUAGACAUUCUUGACGAUGGCUACAGAUGGAGAAAGUAUGGUCAGAAAGUUGUCAAGGGUAAUCCCAAUCCAAGGAGCUAUUACAAGUGCACAUUUACAGGAUGUUGUGUAAGGAAACACGUUGAGAGAGCAUUUCAAGAUCCCAAAUCUGCUGCAAUGGCCUCUCCUCUUCUCCCGACUUCAACUACUCCUGAUCAUCUUCCCGGCGGCGAUCCACAGUUGCUGAGCUCUCUACGCGUCCUUUUGUCCCGCGUUCUAGCUUCCGUCCGUCACGCUUCUGCCGAUGCCCGGCCUUGGGCAGAGCUCGUUGACCGGUCAGCAUUUUCUCGGCCUCCAUCGCUCUCAGAGGCAACGUCACGAGUAAGGAAGAACUUUUCCUACUUCCGGGCCAAUUACAUAACCUUAGUGGCCAUCUUACUCGCCGCGUCUCUGCUCACGCACCCUUUCGCUCUCUUCCUCCUAGCAUCGCUGGCCGCUUCUUGGAUUUUCCUCUACUUUUUCCGUCCGUCUGAUCAGCCAUUGGUCAUAGGAGGACGCACGUUCUCCGAUCUUGAGACGCUAGGGAUGCUCUGCCUCUCCACUGUGGUGGUGAUGUUCAUGACCAGCGUUGGAUCGCUCUUGAUGUCCACUCUGGCCAUCGGAGUUAUGGCCGUGGCCAUCCACGGAGCGUUUCGUGCUCCCGAAGAUCUGUUUCUUGAAGAACAAGAAGCCAUUGGAUCAGGCCUUUUCGCAUUCUUCAACAACAAUGCCUCUAACGCAGCUGCUGCUGCCAUAGCCACCUCCGCAAUGUCACGAGUUCGAGCCUGAGAUUGUUGAAGAGACAGACAUUCCUACACCGCAAUUCCAAAGAGUGAUAUUUAUUCAUAUUCAUUUGCUUCGUAUUGUAUACAAUUGAAUUGUUGUAACAUGUAACCAUUCUUUUGUCAUUUCUUUUUGCUUUGUUUGUUACUGGACUAUUGAAACACAAUUCAGAUUAAUAUACACCACCAAGACUA